AUGUCGUUGUCAUCACUUGUUCUGUCAUCCCUCCUCGGCUCAUCCUACGUUAACCCAACGUACUUCUUCCAGAGCCUUGGCAGCUCGGGCUGCGGGACUUCCGGUCCCAUAUCGUGCCAGAAUACGAAUGCGCCAAUCAACACCUGCUGUUAUGAGACUCCUGGACUAGCGACAACUUUCCCUAACCAAUCCCAGGGCCUGAUCCUCCAGACGCAGGUUUGGGAUACAGAUGUCGCUGGCAGUCCAACGGACAGCUGGACCAUUCAUGGUCUUUGGCCUGAUAAUUACAUCGAAAAAUGUGAUCCCUCUCGUGAUUACACGAAUAUCACCGGGCUACUCAAUUCCCAGGGUGCAACCUCUACAUUGGACUAUAUGCAACAGUAUUGGCUAAACGAUGACGGAACUGAUGAAGAAUUCUGGGAGCACGAGUGGGCUACGCACGGCACAUGCUACAGCACACUGAAUGUCGAUUGCCUUCCCAGCAAUAGCCCUGUGGGUGCCGAGGCUGUGGCAUUCUUCGGGACUGUUGUGGAGCUCUUCAAGACCCUACCCACGUAUGACUGGCUUGCUGAUGCAGGCAUCACUCCGUCGUCGAGCGAGACUUACACACUAUCAUCCUUGCAGUCGGCUCUCAAAGCUGCCUCUGGAUUCACUCCAGCUUUGGGAUGUUCCUCGCACAAACUGAGCUCAAUCAGCUGGUACUUCAAUCUCAAGGGCUCUGUCAUCGAUGGCGAUUUCAUCCCGAUUGACACCCCUAAGCGUUCUUCCUGCCCCUCGAGGGGUAUCAAGUACCUUCCCAAAGAAGGAUGA